AUGCCGAGCUAUUUGGACUGCACGGCUGUCAGCCCGGAGUGCCCCGUCGCGGCCACCACCUACGGCUACUAUCCCAGUUUCGGCGGCAAUGUCUUCUUCACGGUCUUCUUUGGUGUGCUCGGUCUGUUUCAGAUCGGCCUGGGAUUCUACUUCCGAACAUGGACCUUCAUGGUUGCGUUGUGUAUCGCGACCAUCAUGGAAAUGGCAGGAUACAUUGGCCGCGUCCUGAUGUCCGAUAACCCGUGGAACCAAGGCGCCUUCAAGUUGCAGAUCGUGUGUCUGGUGCUGGCACCGACCUUUGUUGCGGCCGGCGUCUAUUUGACUCUCAAGCACAUUGUGUUGUAUCUCGGACCCGAACACUCGAGGCUGAAGCCUCGCCUGUUCACCUGGAUCUUCAUCAGCUGUGAUAUCGGAUCGCUGAUCCUGCAGGCCGCGGGCGGUGGUGUUGCGGCGGCUGCAGGGAAUACAAACCAGUUCCUGCUCAAGGUGGGCGACGAUAUCAUCAUCACCGGUAUUGCCUUCCAGGUGGCUACCAUGGCGAUUUGUGGAAUGCUGGGCUUGGAUUUUUUUAUCAAGGUCGCACGUCGUGGAAACGGACUCGCUGGCGAGAAGAAUCUGGAAGAUGCCACGCCGGCAAUCUCCCCCAUGAAGAUGAAGAUGAUCGUUGGUGCCGUGAUCCUCGCCUAUUUCACCGUCAUUACCCGGUGUAUCUAUCGUAUCCCCGAGAUGGCAGGCGGUUGGGGCAGCGCCUUGAUGCAAAAAGAGAACGAGUUUCUCGUCCUCGAUGGAAUGAUGAUUGCCUUGGCCUGUCUGACUUUCACUGUUUUCCAUCCGGGUCUUUGCCUACCUUCGAUGCGCACGGGAUACAAGAAUCGUAACUAG